UCUAACUUCCAGUUAGUUCAUCAGCACAAACUUAAAUGAAAGAUCCUCCUCCCCUUUCCUCCUUCUCCAUCAUCAACACCAAUUCUCAAGAAUGAUGAAUAAACCAUAAAUCUUUCCUUCAGAUGGGAAAAUUCAUCAGAAUCACCGCGUCUCCGCCUCUCUAUGUCCGAUCAAAGCUCCUCUGUUUCUCACUUCUCUACUUCUUCACCACACUUUCUCUGUUCCUCUACGUCUCUCUCUCAAGAAACCAAUGCGUCUUUCGAUAUUCACCUUUCGAUCCGAUCCAAACAAAUAUCUUCUCUUAUCCUUCUUCUUACGGUGAACACAAAUACGCUCUUCCCACCCACAGAUCUUCUUGCUCUUCCCCUGUUUUCUUCUCAGAUUACUGGACAGUGUUGAAUGAGAUACAGAGCAUAUGCAGCGACUCAUCAUCGUCGGAGAAGUUGAGAUACAUUAAUGGAAAUAGCGAAACUUUCGGUGGAAACUUCAGUACCCAGAAGAGAUUUUCUUAUUUCAAUCAUUCGGACAAUGACGUCGAAGUUCCAUGUGGUUUCUUUAGAGACUUUCCAGUCAGCGACUCCGAUAGAGCUGAGAUGGAGAAAUGUGGACUAGUAGUUGCAUCAGCCAUUUUUAACGACCAUGACAAAAUCAGACAACCAGUCGGACUUGGAGUUAAAACCCUAGAAACCGUUUGUUUCUAUAUGUUCAUUGACGACAAAACACUAAACUCUCUCUUUCACCACAAUGUCAUCCCUAAAAAAAAUCCAAGAGAUUACAGAGUCGGCGUAUGGAGAAUCAUCAAAAUCUCAAAAUCCGAAAAUCUAUACCUCAAUCCGGCUAUGAACGGUGUUAUACCAAAGUAUCUUAUACAUAGACUGUUUCCAAACUCACAGUUCAGUAUUUGGAUUGACGCCAAAAUCCAGCUCAUGAUCGAUCCGCUUCUUCUAAUUCAUUCUUUGGUAGUAGUGCCUGAUGUUGAUAUGGCGAUAUCUAAGCAUCCUUUUUUUGUAAAUACGAUGGAGGAGGCUAUGGCUACGGCGAGGUGGAAUAAAUGGGGAGAUAUCGAUGGGCUAAGGAUGCAGAUGGAGACUUAUUGUGAGCAUGGUUUGAAGCCUUGGAAUUCUCAUAAAAUGCCAUAUCCCACAGAUGUACCAGACAGUGCGUUGAUACUGAGAAAACACGGAAUAAGAAGCGACCUAUUCUCGUGCUGCAUGUUCAACGAGUUAGAAGCGUUUAACCCGAGAGACCAGUUGGCCUUUGCGUUUGUGAGGGAUCACGUAAACCCAAUGGUGAAAAUGAACAUGUUUGAGGUCGAAGUUUUUGAACAAAUAGUUGUUGAAUACAGACACAAUCUCAAGAAGAUUGAGACAUCUUCGUACGAGGAACAAGAAGAAGAACAGAAACAAAAAUCGUUACGGAUAAUACAGAAGAAACGAAGAUGGUUAGAUUAUGGAUCUUGGUCUCUCAACGGUAGUAGUUGUAAGAGUUAUCUCAUGGAGAUGUGGGAUGAUCACCAUUGAUUACUUUUUUCUAUUGAGCUAGUAUUUUAAGUUGUUAAUAUUUAUUUUCACUACUAUAGGUUCAACGUUCAGGUUUUUUCUUCAUUACUAACAUUUUAAAAUAGUUCUAGUCAA